ACACAAUUUUCUGAUGGCAUUAGUGAAAAUUAGCCGCGCAAUUUUCAGAAACACAGGAAUAAGAUCACCUCUAGCAAAUGGUUUUUGGUUGACAAGGACCUUUGCAACUACAGUAAUAAAUAACCCACGAAAGGACGAUCAAGGCAAUGAAUUGAAAAUUGAAAUAACUGAUCGGGCCGUUAAAGUAUGGUAUUUUUGUGAGUUGCGACAACAACUAUUAUCUAUAAUGACCCGCGACAAAAAUGAUCAUGAAGCAUUACGAAUAACUGUUGAUUCCGGUGGGUGUCACGGAUUUCAAUAUUUCUAUGACUUAACGUCGGUGAACGCAUUAGAAGAUGAUGAUGUACUAUUUGAGAAAAAUGGGGCUAAAGUAGUUAUAGAUUCGCUUUCACUUGGGUUGAUUAAAGGUUCAAAGAUAGACUAUACUGAAGAGUUAAUUGGAUCACAGUUCAAAGUUGUAGAUAAUCCACAAGCAUCGUCUGGGUGUGGGUGA